AAUUUUUCAAACAAUUAGUUUAGGUGAUAAUAAAUUGAAGCUGUCCAGCAUUGUCCUCAAUUAAACGAAGCUCACGAGCAAUGCCCUUAAAUUAAAUACAUGACUAAUUUGAUUUUCAUAAAAAAAUUAAUAGCUUUUUUUUUUUAAAAAUUAAAUUAUAUAUUUAAAGAAUAAUGGAGAAAGAUACAAGUGUCUAUAAAUGCUACCCUUUUUUCCAUUUUCUAUUUGGCUUUUUGUUUUUUUCCUCCAAAACGCAUCGUUUGUUUAGGUGAUUCAUAGGGUUCUAACUUCAACACUUCUUCUUCCUCACGCGACCUACGUCUCAAAACUGCAAUUUUUAUUUUUUGGGGGAAACUUCAAAUUUAAGUGAACGAUUCCUAACGACCUCCAUCGCUGUUCUGAUUUGGAUGCUUUGAUUUGGAGAAGCUCCUCCACAGCUCUGACUGAGCCUCUGCGUGUUAGUCAUUGGACUUCUCUCCAUCCCCUCUUUUAAUCCAAAAUCCCAGUCUUCUACUUCUUUUUUUAAUUUUUUUGGGCAAUUGGGGGUCGUUGAUAUUGACGAAUCAGGGGUGUUGAGCGAAUGUGGUAACUAUGGUCUGGGUUCGCUCCGUAAUUUACUCUGAAAAGAGUAGUGGCAGGGUAAUAACUUAGCAGACUUUUUUUUGGGGAGAAAAUGGGAUCUAAGGAAAAUGAAAAACAGAUGGUGGUAACUCAAGUUAGUCUUGGUGGAUUUGACCGUCAUGUCAGAGCAAAGGAUCUUUCGGACUUCUUGGAAGAUGAAAUUGGGCUUGUUUACAGGUGUAGAUUGAAAACUUCUUCGACACCUCCAGAGUCCUAUCCAGAUUAUACCAUUGAUACUGCAGCUAUCGAGAGAAAAGAUGAUUAUAAAAAAGUGGAGCCCCAUGCUUUUGUGCAUUUUGCCUUGGCUGAAUCAGCAAAAUGGAUUCUAGAUGCUGCAGGUCGUUGUGAGCUUAUUCUGAAUGAUCGACCAUUGAAGGUAAGUUUGGGGCCAGAGAAUCCAUAUCGCUUGAACCAAAGGAGGAGAACCACUACUCCAAUUAAGUUGUCUGAUGUGGUUGUUGAUAUUGGAACUUUAGUAACCCGAGAUCAGUUCUUUAUUGCUUGGAGAGGACCUCCUUAUGGGGUUGAUUUUCUUGUCGAUCCUUUUGAUGGGACAUGCAAGUUUUGUUUCACAAGGGAUACUGCUUUCUCAUUUAAAGGUUCACUCAAUCAUGCAGUAAUAAAAUGUGAUUUCAAAAUGGAAUUCCUGGUCAGAGACAUCAAUGAGUUCAAACAAUAUACAGAUACAUCAUAUCUAGUCCUUUUGUUGCAGCUGAAUUCAGCGCCCCGCAUUUGGUAUAGAACUGCUGAUGAUGAUAUUGAUGAUUCAGUUCCAUAUGAUAUGUUGGAUGAUGAUGAUCCUUGGAUCCGAACAACAGAUUUUACUCCUAGUGGGGCCAUUGGGCGUAGCAAUUCAUACAGGAUUUCAAUCCCACCUCGCCAUGGUGCAAAGUUAAAGAAGGCCAUAAGUUAUCUUCGAGAAAGACGGGUCCAUCAUGACAGCCUCAGAUGGCCACUUAGGAUCCAGAAAGAACCUGAUUUCGAUAUGCCCAUGUCAGAUCCUUUCUUCUGUAUUCAUUAUAAAGAAGAUAUUGACUUUGAGACGAUGUUCCUUGUGAAUGCUGUGAUACACAAGGGUAUAUUUAAUCAGCACCAGAUUUCUGAUGGUUUCUUUAAUUUAUUGAGAAACCAGAUGAAGGAGGUCAAUGUGGCUGCACUAAAGCACAUAUCUUCCUACAAGCGCCCAGUUUUUGAUGCCUGUAGGAGGUUGAAAGUUGUACAAGAAUGGUUGCUAAGGGAUCCAAAGCUUUUCAAGAAACCUAAACGGUUGGAUGAUAUUGCUGAAGUUCGUCGGUUAGUAAUUACCCCAACUAGAGCCUAUUGUCUUCCACCAGAAGUUGAACUCUCCAAUAGGGUUCUUAGGAACUAUAAAGAAGUGGCUGAUCGGUUUUUAAGGGUUACCUUUAUGGAUGAAGGCAUGCAGACGAUAAAUUCAAAUGUUCUUACCUAUCAUGUAGCUUCUAUUGUAAGGGAAAUCACAUCAAACUCCUUUCCUCAGAAAACCAAAGUAUUCCAAAGGAUUAAGAGCAUUCUGACCAAUGGAUUUUACUUAUGUGGUCGGAAAUACUCUUUUUUGGCAUUCUCUUCCAAUCAGUUGAGGGACCGCUCUGUCUGGUUUUUUGCUGAAGACAAGAACAUAAAUGUCUUCGAAGUUAAAAGUUGGAUGGGGAGGUUCACCAACAGAAAUGUUGCAAAGUGUGCUGCUAGGAUGGGUCUGUGCUUUUCGUCCACAUAUGCUUCUGUAGAAGUUCCAUCAACGCAGGUCAAUCGUGGAUUUCCUGAUAUUAAGAGAAAUGGAUACACUUUCUCUGAUGGGAUUGGUAAGAUUACUCCUGAUCUUGCACUGGAAGUUGCACAGAAAUUGAAGCUGGAAAGAAAUCCACCAUGCGCUUAUCAGAUUAGAUAUGCUGGCUUUAAAGGGGUCGUUGCUUGCUGGAAACCAACGGAUGAUGAUGGGGCUCGACUUUCUUUGAGGCCUAGCAUGGACAAGUUUCAGUCCAAUCACACUAUUUUGGAAAUUUGUUCUUGGACUAGGUUUCAGCCUGGUUUCCUAAACAGGCAGAUUGUCACCUUGCUGUCAGCAUUGAAUGUUUCAGAUGAGAUAUUCUGGAACAUGCAGGAAACUAUGAUUUUCAAAUUAAACCAGAUGCUUAUAGACACAGACAUAGCUUUUGAUGUUCUCACAGCAUCUUGUGCUGAGCAAGGAAAUGUGGCAGCAAUAAUGUUGAGUGCAGGUUUCAGCCCCCAAAAAGAACCUCAUCUACGAGGCAUGUUAACCUGCAUACGAGCUGCACAGCUUUGGGGCCUACGGGAAAAGGCUAGGAUUUUUGUUCCUUCUGGGAGAUGGCUCAUGGGCUGUCUAGAUGAGCUAGGGGUACUUGAACAAGGUCAGUGCUUUAUCCAAGUGUCUAACCCGUCGCUUGAAAAUUGUUUCUCAAAGCAUGGUUCUAGGUUUAAUGAGAGAAAUGAUAAUCUUGAAGUCAUCAAGGGUUUUGUGGUGAUAGCAAAGAAUCCUUGUCUACACCCAGGAGAUGUAAGGAUUUUGGAGGCAGUAGAUGUCCCUGACUUGCACCAUUUAUAUGAUUGCCUUGUUUUCCCUCAAAAGGGUGAAAGGCCUCAUACAAAUGAAGCUUCUGGAAGUGACCUUGAUGGUGACCUCUACUUUGUCACAUGGGAUGAAAAUCUUAUUCCUCCUAGUAAGAAGAGCUGGAUACCGAUGCAGUAUGAUGCUGCUGAAACCAAACAAUUGACACGUCCAGUCACUCAAGAGGACAUAAUAGAAUUUUUCUCCAAAAACAUGGUAAAUGAGAACCUUGGGACCAUCUGCAAUGCCCAUGUGGUUCACGCUGAUCUCAGCGAGCAUGGGGCAUUGGAUGAGAAGUGCCUAAAACUAGCAGACUUGGCAGCUACAGCAGUUGAUUUUCCGAAAACUGGUAAAAUUGUUACCAUGCCUUUUAAUCUUAAACCCAAGCUAUACCCAGAUUUUAUGGGAAAAGAUGAGUACCAGUCCUACAAGUCAAAUAAAAUUUUGGGAAAACUCUAUCGGAAGAUUAAAGAUGCUUAUGAUGAAGAUGUGACAGCAUCUUCUGAGAUAAAUUUUCUUCCUAGUGAUAUCCCUUACGAUAUAGAUCUUGAGGUAUCAGGAGCAUCUGAUUUCAUCGUUGAUGCAUGGGAGCAAAAGUGCUCUUAUGAUGGGCAGCUGAAUGGUUUACUGGGACAAUACAAAGUAAACAGAGAAGAAGAGGUUGUAACUGGGCACAUUUGGUCCAUGCCAAAGUACAGCAGCAGGAAGCAAGGGGAACUUAAGGAGAGGCUGAAGCACUCUUACAGUGCCCUGAAAAAGGAAUUUAGGCAAAUUUUUGAGAAGAUGGAAGAAAAGUUUGAGGAACUCUCUGAUGAUGAGAAAAAUAUUAUUUAUGAGCAGAAGGCAUCGGCAUGGUACCAGGUCACUUACCAUCCUGAAUGGGUGAAGAAAUCAUUGGACUUGCAAGAACCAGAUGGUUCUAGGUAUGCGGUGAUGUUAAGUUUCGCAUGGAUUGCAGCUGAUUACCUUACACGGAUCAAGAUUAGGUGCCGUGGAGUUGGAAAUGUUGACUGUGAUAAGCCAAUCAACGCUCUGGGGAAGUAUCUUUCUGAUCGGAUGUGACCAGCAUUUGACUCGCUUUAAGAGAGAUGUCUCCUGCUGCUUCAAUCUUUAUGGUGGCAAGGCCAUUCUGCCAAUUCGUAGGUAAGCUUUUGUAAGCCUGGUUUACUAUUUUUGGAUAUUCCUUUUGAAUUAUAAGAGCUAGAGCUACAAGGGUAUGUUACUUGUUAUUAAACAGAUGUUACUUUGCUCCAAAAUCUGUCUAUGCCUCUGAAAAUUCUCUUUUGUGUGUAAUGUAAGUGAUAUGAUUGGUGAAGUGUGUGUUGUCACCUUUGCUUUCCUCUGUUUAUUGAACAAGGUUGCAGAAGGCAUACAUAAUUUUUGUUCAAUAAAUUGAAGCAUUGAAAGAUAUGA